GCCUGCACACGCUGCUCAGCUGAAUGCAGUCUGUGCAAACACCAAUACUGAAGCACAAGGUUUCCACGCCUGCAGAAGGAGAACGACUGAACCAUUCGUCAGAGCACAAAGCAGCACCAGAACCCCCAGCACACCAGAGGAGAAGGAUCCCAACAAGUUCUGACCCCCAGCUCCCAGAAGAGGAUGUGCAGAUAUCGCUGCUGGAGUCCAAUACUUCCACACCCGCUAUGGGAGAAGGAGACCAACAGGAAACAUUUUUAGAGCACCAAGCAGCACCGGAGCCUCUUGGGCAGAGUGGAGGACUCCAAUGGGGUUCCUCGUGCCAUGGGAUGGGAAGAAGGACAUCCUGUGUGCAGCUCACUGCCGUGCAUGCAGCGCUGGGAGCACUCAUCCUCGUGCUGGUGGUGAUAUUGACCGUGUGUUGGCGGGCCCCCAUCCCACCUUUCCCAGGCUUUGCCCACGUGUGCCCCAACGCUUGGGUCGGAUUCCAGGGGAAAUGCUGUUAUUUUUUGAAGGGGGAGAAUGAUUGGAACAGCAGCAGGGAGCACUGCAAUGCCCACGGAGCUUCCCUGGCCACCAUAGGCAGUGCGGAGGAGAUGGAUUUCAUGAUGCGCUUCCAGGGCCCGGCAAACUGUUGGAUCGGGCUGCACAGGGAAGAAGAGGACGCCCAGUGGACAUGGAGCGAUGGCACAGCCUUCACCAACUGGUUUGAGCUGCGAGGUGGAGGCCGAUGUGCGUACCUGAACGGGGACAGGAUCAGCUCAUACCUGUGCCACCUACACAAGCACUGGGUCUGCAGCAGAGCUGACCACUACGUCCUCUGGAAGCAAAAGGCGCACCCACAAUGAGAGACCCCACCACCGUGUCAGGACCCGGUCAGCCAUGUGACAG